CAGAGUCAUCACAGUUGUCAUGGAGAUGUGACUCCGUGUCACUGCAAUGCCACAGAGUGCAGUUAUUUGAGCCUGUUGCCCACCUGUCUUUGGCUUUUUUUUGUUUUUUUUUGCCUACAUUUUGUAGUCAGGCUGGAGACGGAGAAGAAGGUGUUCUACAGUCAUGGAUACUCAAAGCAAGGAUGGCAGCAGAGAGUCUUAUGAGCUCAAGAUUUCUGAGUUAUUAAAGGGUUUCGCUGAGAAGAAAACAUCACCCAAUGAGAGCAAACAUACUAACCCCCGAAACAUCAGCCUCUCCAUCACAGAGCCAGGAACUUCUUACAACCAUGGGACCUUCAGAUCUAGAGCAGUCCUCCCUAAAAAACUCUGUCAGCUGUACACGUGUCAGUACGAGAGGCUAGAUCAUCUGAGAGAAAGCUUCAGUGCUCCGGUACUCGUUCUUGCCUGCAUCCCUGCAUCUCAGGCGGGACAAAAGCAACCCAUGUUAUCGUUCUCAGAUCCAGUCCUCUUUGCACACCUGGUGGAAAAAUCAGAGAUCCUUGCCUCUGACUCAGUCAUUCGUAUGAGAGAACAGCUUGAAAAGCAAGAGAUAUAUCCGUACAUCCUAGGAGUGCAGGCUUGGAGGAAACGGGAGCAACGUGAACCACAGUGCAUGCUGCUUAAACAGUUUCCCCAGACUGGGAUAACCAAUAAAUGGUUCUUCAAGGACUUACUGGACCUCCAGAGGAAGCUGUUUUUGGGUGCCUCAAAGAAAUCCGGACCCCAGAAGAAAUCUCAGACACCUGGAAAACUUCACACCACCAGUCAGAAUGUUCUUCUUUAAUGCUUAGGAAAGUUCAAGACUGACAGAAGAGAUAAACUGCAAAUGAA